UAGACCUGUUUGUUUGCGUAUGACAAUGCAGCUAUGCAAAGCUGUUUAAGAUUACGUUCUGCACUAAGUGGUCGUUUGUCGGGUUUAGUUAUAUCAAGGGCACAUGUCAGAUCCUGAUAACCUUCCUGGUUUGGCUCAUUUCUGUGAGCAUAUGCUGUUCCUUGGGACUGAGAAGUAUCCUUCCGAGAAUGAAUAUAACAAGUUCUUGAGUGAGCAUGGUGGUAGUUCCAAUGCUUUCACCAGCGCAGAACACACCAACUACUUCUUUGAUGUUGCACCAGAACACCUGAAGGGAGCUAUGGACAGGUUUGCCCAGUUUUUUCUUUGCCCCCUGUUUACAGCCAGUGCUACAGAAAGAGAAGUGAAUGCAGUGAAUUCAGAGAAUGAUAAAAACAUUCCCAAUGAUGCAUGGCGGUUCAAUCAGUUGGAAAAGGCCACUGCCAAUCCUAAACAUCCUUUUAGCAAAUUUGGAACAGGCAACAAAUAUACACUGGAAACAAGACCAAAGGAACUUGGAAUUAAUACCAGGGACGAGUUGUUGAAGUUCCAUUCAAAAUUUUACUCUGCCAACAUCAUGGGUUUGUCUGUUUUAGGAAAAGAGUCCUUAGAUGAGCUUCAAGAAAUGGUAUUGGACCUCUUUAGUAAUGUGGAGAAUAAAGAAGUGGCUAUCCCUGAGUGGCCUGAAUCUCCCUAUGGUCCAGAACAGUUGCAGGUGAAGGCAUUUGUUGUACCAGUAAAAGAUAUAAGGAAUUUGAGUAUUCUUUGGCCUAUUCCUGAUUUACAGGAGCAUUACAAAUCCAAUCCUGGACACUACCUAGGCCAUCUGAUAGGUCAUGAAGGACCAGGGAGUCUCUUGUCAGAGUUGAAGGCAAAGGGAUGGGUUAAUACAUUGGUUGGAGGGCAGUCAGGAGGGGCCAAAGGGUUCAUGUUUUUCCAUGUCAGUGUCGACCUCACUGAAGAAGGAAUAGAACAUGUAGAUGACAUCAUUACUUUAGUAUUUCAAUACAUAAAGAUGCUGAAGAGAGAGGGACCUCAGGAAUGGAUCUUCAAAGAGCUUCAGGAUUUGAGUCAUAUGCAGUUUAGGUUUAAAGACAAAGAGAGGCCUCAGGGAUAUGCUUGCCAAGUAGCCUCAGUGCUUCAUGAAUAUCCCCUUGAAGAAGCCUUGAGUCAUGGCUAUCAUUUGACAGAUUACCGACCAGACUUGAUCAGCUUGGUGCUGGAUAUGCUUACACCAGAAAAGAUUCGGGUUGGUGUUGUUGGUAAACAAUUUGAGGGUAUUGCAGAGCAGAAAGAGAAGUGGUAUGGCACUGCCUAUUGUGUUGAGAAGAUACCAGGAGAGCUGAUACAGAUGUGGGAAAAUGUAGAUUAUCACGAGAACUUGAAGCUGCCGCAAAAGAAUCAGUUCAUUGCCACAGAUUUUAAUAUUGUUCCAAGAGAAAAAGAAGCAACUUCUAGCCCACAGGUAAUUGUGGAGACUCCUCUUAGCCGGUUGUGGUUCAAGCAAGAUGACACUUUUCUGCUACCAAAGGCAUAUUAUGCCUUUGAACUUAACAGUCCCUUGGCAUACAUGGAUCCACUACACACCAACUUAAAUGCAAUGUUCUGUGACCUAUUUAGAGAUGCAUUGAAUGAGUACGCCUAUGAUGCUGAGCUAGCAGGCCUUGGGUAUUCUCUCUUGGGAACUGUGUAUGGAAUAUAUCUCGGUAUCCGUGGAUAUAGUGAUAAACAACCAAUACUGCUGAAGAAGGUGAUGGAAAAAAUGACCACAUUUAAGCCAGAUCCAAAGAGAUUUGAAAUCUUCAAAGAAGCUUAUAAAAGAAGUCUAGAAAAUUUCCGAGCAGAGCAACCUCAUCAACAUGCAGUGUAUUACACAAAUCUGGUUACUAGUGAACAGAUGUGGACAAAGGAGGAACUAUUAGAUGCUCUCGAAGAUAUAACUGUGGAGAGACUGACGGCUAUGAUACCACAGUUCCUUUCAAGACUAAAUAUUGAAGGUCUUGUGUAUGGAAAUGUCACGAGACAGAGAGCUGAAGAGGUCCUAGAUAUCAUCCAGAACAUGCUGAAGGAAAACUGUGAUACGAAACCACUAGCACCAAGUCAAAAGAAACGUUGGAGAGAGGUGCAGCUCCCUGAUGGUUGUUCCUAUUUAUACAAGUCCACCAAUGACGUACACAAGAGUUCUUCCAUAGAGGUUUAUUACCAGUGUAACCUACAGGAAACUCACAGUAAUGUUCUGUUGGAAUUAUUCUGUCAGAUCAUCAGUGAACCCUGUUUUAAUAUACUUCGAACACAAGAACAGCUAGGUUACAUUGUGUUUAGUGGUAUACGUAGAAAUAGCGGUGUACAAGGACUGAGAAUCAUAGUGCAGUCAGACAGGAGUCCAGAGUAUGUGGAGAGCAGAACGGAGGCAUUUCUAAAGAAAAUGGAGUCCUACAUACUGGAAAUGACUGAUGAUAUAUUUAAAAAACAUGUAGAGGCACUUGCAAAAAAACGUUUGGAAAAGCCAAAGAAAAUGUCAGCACAGAAUGGAAAAUUAUGGUCUGAAAUCAACUGCAAGCAAUAUAACUUUGACAGAGAUGAAAUUGAAGCAGCCCACCUAAGAACUCUCACCAAGGAUGAUGUUAUGCAAUUCUAUAAGGAAUUGAUAUCACCAGAGGCUCCAAAACGGCACAAGGUAUCAGUACAUGUGGUAUCCACUGCUAAAAAGACAGGCAGUGGAGACGAGGUAUCUGAUGAAGUGGUGAAAGAAAUAGCAUCACUGAACAUGGCAACUCCGGAAAAUGCAAAAGAAGAUUCUAACACAACUGAUGAAAUCAAAGUAGCUGAGCCCAUCCUUAUUUGUGAUGUUUGCGACUUCAAGCAGGAGCUCCCAUUGUUUCCAUUAGUGAAGCCAUUCAUUAACCCUAGCAGCACCAAGUCAAAAUUGUGAAAAUAUUCAAAACUGUAU